GGUGAUGUAGUGGUUAGCACUGUUGCCUCACAGCAAGAAGGUUCUGGGUUCAAGCCCCGUGGCCGACGAGGGCCUUUCUGUGCGGAGUUUGCAUGUUCUCCCCGUGUCCGCGUGGGUUUCCUCCGGGUGCUCCGGUUUCCCCCACAGUCCAAAGACAUGCAGGUUAGGUUAACUGGUGACUCUAAAUUGAGCGUAGGUGUGAAUGAGUGUGAAUGGUUGUCUGUGUCUAUGUGUCAGCCCUGUGAUGACCUGGCGACUUGUCCAGGGUGUACCCCGCCUUUCGCCCGUAGUCAGCUGGGAUAGGCUCCAGCUUGCCUGCGACCCUGUAGAACAGGAUAAAGCAGUUAGAGAUAAUGAGAUGAGAUGAAUUCCUAUUUUCUGAAACCAUUGAAGGCACCGAUUAUUCUGGCCAUGACUGUAGAUUGGUUGGAAGGAAAAAAUUAGCUGGAGCACACACCCAAACUUGUGUCAGAGAACAUGUCAGACGGAAGUCCUUCAAGAGCAUCUGAUGCUGUAGGAGGUGAAAGCAGUUAGCAAUUGAAUCUGGAGAGAGAGAGAGAUUAAAUUAAAAUCAGCAAUCAAGUGGCCUCUCGGCGUAGCAGUUCUUUCUGGAAUAGGCAUCACGCAGUUGAAACCCUGUUGCUCUGCUGCUGGUCUCAUCUCCUGCACUCGUCCACUGCCCUGAACGUCAGAUGAGAGAAGAGUAGAAGAGUAGGCAGUGCUGAGGAUGACACUUCGCAUGAUCACAAGUAACCCAGCCACCUCACCGCAUCUUCAUUCACAUCCAAAUCUGCAGGACUGAGCACCCAGGAGCCACUCUUUCACUUAUCCUUCAGACAGUGUUUAUCAACUUGGUCAGGAUGAUGGAGCGAGCUGUCGUGUUGGUACUGUGCUGGAUGGUGAUGCUCGGACUGUGUACGCCGCUCUAUCCUUCACUACGGUUUGGUCAGAGAGCCACUGCCAUACUGAUGAGCUCCUCGAUCGAAGACCCCCUGAAGCCCCCGACAGACUACAGAUCCACCCGGAGUCAGCACGUCGAGUUUAGGUCUGGGAGACAUGCGGACGCCAUUUUCACCAACAGCUACCGCAAGGUUCUUGGUCAGAUCUCUGCUAGAAAAUUCCUCCAGACUAUUACAGGAAAAGGAUUUGGAACGAUGCCAGAAUCUGAACACUACGUAAAACGGCAGGCGGGAAUUUUUGAAGACACGUACAAGCAGGACCUGAUGUCCAUUGAGAGGGAACACAGCUAUAGGAAGCAGCAGAAAGGACGUCGAGGCUUCAGUCUUCAGUGCAGUGGCUGUGAUUGUGGAGUGACGAGGAACAGGAAGUGUCCAGAGACUUGAUGCAGAAAAUAAUCAAAUCAAUGUGUUGCUUUCUUGUAGUUUGCUAGAAAAAUAGAUUAUGCACCCCCCCAAAAAAAAAAACCCACAUCCACCACAUCUCUGAAUAAAUCAGAACUGCUGAGCCAAACUGCUUCAUCGGUUUAAUAAAUCUAUCCAAUACAACGUGUGUGUGUGUGUGUG